AUGAAGUUAUCAUUACUGGGAAAAAUAGCAUUUUUUUCCUUCAUCGCUCAAGCAAUUGUUCUCACUGUAUUGGAAUGCGUGGUCGUUUAUUUUCAUGUUAGCUUUGUACAUCAAUAUAUAUUGGGCCCACAAGGAGAUGGGAUUUCUGAUGCUGAUUUAAUUUAUCAUGCAUUAUUUAUUUUAUCACUUGGAUUUCAAAUACUUAUGUGUAUAGAUGCAUUACGGAAUAAUAAUUCAAUUCAAUUAGUUUCUCUGGUAAUAUUCAAUUUGCUCUCAUUAGCCUAUGCUGGAAUACAAAUAUAUCAACAUAUUAUAUUGGAAGAGAGGGGUACCGAUGAGGCUAUCUUUGUCCCAUCUGAUAUGUACCCUACAAGUUAUAUGGCCAAGCAUCAUUUCACUUCUAGAAUGAGACCAUUGGAAUAUACUAUAAUCGGAUUGGUCGCGGUAUUUUCAGUUUAUUUGUGUGUCAUAGCUUACAAAUUGGUUAAAGAAUUUGGUUGGGAGAUUUAUAAAACUUACUCAGCAGAUGUUGAAAUCAAAAGGGCCUUCAUAAAUUUAUCAAUAUUACAAACUUUGAUAAAAAUGGAUAUAUUUUUCAUUGGAGCCUAUGCAAUCCAAUUACUUCCAUCACAACAAAUAGGUUAUGAUCAAACUGUGAUAGAGACAGUGUUAAUAUUCGUUAUUGGUGUAAUAAUGAUGGCAAUGGCUUGGUAUUCUGUUGUCAAAGAAUUAAAAUAUUUAUUAUUAUCAGUCAUAAAUGCUUUGUUUGUCUGUUUAAUCUACAUCGGUUACAAAUUAGUCAGAAUCAACUUGCCAAAAUAUUUCAAUGAAAAUCCAGAUAGUGAUCCUUACCAAUUCACAAGACGUUUUUUAACUUUCUUUUUGGGUGUCACUUUUCUCCUUGUAAUAUUUUCCAUCAUUUAUGCUAUUAUCUGCUUUAGAAAUAUGAUGAAUGGAAUUUAUGUGCUGACAGUGUAUGGUGUGAACAAUCAAGCUCAAGAAUCUCCUCAUGGCAAUGCAUUCGACGAAGAAGAAAUGUCCGGUGUAUAUUCUAAACAACAAUCAAAACGACAAAGUAAAAUUACUGAAUUAGCAAGAUUUCCAAGAAGAUUAAGCUUAGAUUAA